UGCAAACUCUCUGUGUGUCUGUCUGUCCAACAAGAGUUUGAGGUCGAGGAAAACCACUGCGACAAUGGCGAGCCGGAGGAAGCCGCAGAGCCUCAACGACAGCCACUAUCGCCUCCUCCAGGACCUCACCAAUCCCCGCCCUUCCAAGCCAUCGUCGUCCUCCGCCGACGGGAACCGCCCUCCUUCGCCUCCCGCUUUUCAUCUGGAGGUGGAAGAGCCAUUAUCAUCCGUCUCUGAAGACGAUCGCGGAUCGAUGGUAUUCGGUGCAGAGGUGGAAGAGCCAUUGUCCAACGUUGAAGACGAUCGCGAUCUCCGCGACGAUCAGGCCAUUCCUCAGUUCUCGGCAAUUACCGAAUUCGACUCCCCUCUGGAAGAAGAGAUCACGAGGAAGGUCAACACGGAGGGAAAAUGCAUUCAAAAAGUUUCAACUCAAGACUUGAAUGAUUCUGACACUAGUGAAGCUGCCUCUUUCGUCAGUGUGACGGAGAAAGAUAAGCCAGCAAAGAUUAGAAUUGAAGGGAGGCGUCGCCUCUGCAAACUUUCAUCACGUGAUAGUGGAGAAGAAAACAUUGCGACGGAGGUCAACAUGGAGGGACAAGGCCUUUGCGAAGUUUCAUCUCGAAACUAUGAUGAUUCUGAAACUGGUGAAGUACCCCAUGAACCCGAGUUCAUUGGUGUGACAGAGAAGGAUAAACCAGCAAAGAUCAAAAUUGAGGGGAGGCGUCGCCUCUGCAAACUUUCCUCCCAGGAUAGUACAGAUGCAGAUAAUAGAUCCUCUCACAAAGAGCCAAAGCUCUCUGACAUUACUGAUUUCGAUUCCCCACUGCCACCCAAAACUUGUGGGGAAAUUGGAAAUGAUAUCAGGGAUAUUCUUAACGACUUAACCUCCAGGCUUGAGCUGCUGUCAGUUGAGAAGAAGCGUGUUCCCAAACAGAAUGAGACCACCCAGGAUCAUUCUCCCGUAGUUAAAGGUCAGACAGUUUUUGAAGGGAAUAAAAACGAUGUGCCGGAGUAUGUGAGUGCUGGAUCCUCAUUUUCAAUUGCAUCCGAAAACUCAUUUAGUGAGUGCAUGGAUUAUGGUGACAGCAAUGUGAUUGAUGUUUCGGAUGACUCUGUCGAUGAUGUACUUGUGGAUGAUAAAAAGGAUUUCAUCUUGACUGGCCUGAAAUUCAACUACAAAUUACCUGGCAAAAUUGCGAAGAUGUUGUAUACACAUCAAGUUGAUGGUUUAAAGUGGCUCUGGUCCCUGCAUUGUAAAGGAAAGGGUGGCAUUUUGGGUGACGACAUGGGUUUGGGUAAAACAAUGCAGAUUUGUGGAUUCUUAGCUGGGUUGUUCCAUUCCCGUUUGAUAAGCAGGGCACUUGUUGUGGCGCCAAAGACUUUGCUUUCUCACUGGUUGAAAGAACUAUCAGCUGUAGGACUCUCUGAAAAGACAAGAGAAUACUAUGGGACUUGUCCAAAGGCUCGUCAAUAUGAACUGCAAUAUGUGCUUCAGGACAAAGGUAUUCUUUUAACAACUUAUGAUAUAGUGCGGAACAAUUCGAAAUCGUUGCGGGGCGAUUAUUACUUUAAGGAUGAGUUGGAUGAGGACAGCAUCACAUGGGAUUAUAUGAUUCUCGAUGAGGGGCAUCUCAUAAAAAAUCCAAGUACGCAGAGAGCAAAAAGUUUACUUGAGAUACCAGCUGCUCAUCGCAUUGUCGUUAGUGGCACACCAAUUCAGAACAAUCUAAGGGAACUAUGGGCGCUAUUUCACUUCUGCUGUCCUGAACUACUGGGUGAUAACAAAGUCUUUAAAGAGAAAUAUGAGAAUCCCAUACUUCGUGGAAAUGAAAAAAAAGCUUCAGAGAGAGAAAAGCGCAUUGGUUCUGCAGUUGCAAAGGAGCUGAGGGAACGCAUUCAACCUUAUUUCUUGCGACGCCUUAAGAAUGAAGUAUUUCGGGAAGACGACGGAGAAGUUGCCAAAUUGUCGAAGAAGAGUGAACUAAUUGUGUGGUUAAGAUUGACAAAUUGUCAGCGACGACUCUAUGAAGCCUUUCUGAACAGUGAGAUGGUUCUUUCUUCCUUCGACAACUCACCACUUGCUGCAUUGACGAUUUUGAAGAAGAUAUGUGAUCAUCCACUCUUGUUAACAAAGAGAGCUGCUGAAGAUGUUCUUGAAGGGAUGGAUUCAAUGGUUAAUCCUGAAGAUGUUGGUAUGGCAGAGAAAUUGGCGAUGCAUAUAGCUGAUAUUGGUGAGAGAGAUGAAUUUCAGGAGACAAGUGACAUAAUAUCAUGCAAAAUAUCUUUCACGAUGUCAUUAUUGGACAAUUUAAUUCCAGAUGGCCACAAUGUGCUUAUCUUUUCUCAGACUCGCAAGAUGCUCGAUCUUAUCCAGGAUUCCUUACUGUCCCGUGGCUAUGAGUAUUUACGCAUUGAUGGUACCACAAAAGCUAGCGACAGGAUCAAGAUAGUAAAUGAUUUCCAAGAAGGCAUUGGAGCGCCUAUAUUUCUCUUGACAUCUCAAGUUGGUGGUCUAGGCCUCACCCUUACAAAAGCAGACCGUGUGAUUGUUGUCGAUCCAGCAUGGAAUCCAAGUACGGAUAACCAAAGUGUUGAUCGCGCCUAUCGAAUUGGACAGAUGAAGGAUGUCAUUGUGUAUAGGUUGAUGACAUGUGGAACUAUUGAGGAGAAGAUAUACAGAAAGCAGAUAUUCAAGGGAGGAUUGUUCAAAACAGCAACUGAGCACAAAGAGCAAAUUCGCUACUUUAGCGAGCGGGAUCUGAAGGAGAUUUUCAGCCUUCCGAUACAGGGGUUCGACAUUUCUCCAACUCAGCAGCAGUUGUAUGAGGAGCAUGAUCACCAAGUCAAGAUGGAUGAGUCUUUAAGGAACCACACAGAGUUCCUCAAGACUUUGGGCAUAGCUGGUAUUAGUCACCACAGUUUACUCUACUCGAAGACGGCACCGGUGCAAGUUGUAGAUGAAGAAAUGGAAGUGAGAUGGUACUUUACCAAGACCAAGGCUACUGCUUUUGUAGGUAAUUCAUCAUCAGGUGCUUCAUUGGAACGUAAUGUUGAUGGGGCUGCAUAUGCUUUCAAACCGAAGGAUGUCCCACUGAACAAGAAAAACCAUAGCCCAGGUAGUUCUGGUAAACAGACAGAAUCAGAUAUCAAAGAACGUAUCAAUCGGUUGUCACGCAUGCUUCUUGAUAAGGUUACAAUCUCAAGAUUACCCGAUAAGGGAGCGAAGAUUGAGAGGCAACUUGCGGAAUUGAAUCUGGAUCUUGAGAAGAUCAGAAAGGCAGAAAGAACUGAAAAGGAGGUAAUCAAUUUAGAUGAUAUAAGUGGGGAUUUUCAGAAAUUUUUGAAUGUCUAGCUUGGACAAAUGAGGCGUGAGGUUGAACUCUAUAGUGAGGACAACAGAUUUUCGUGUUACAAAGCGUUAGAUUUUGUCAUCCGAUUGGAAGGAACGAAACUUGCCAUGGACAAUGUCCAUAAAUCAUAUGUCAAUCACAACUAUUAAUUUUUGUGAAA